AGCAGAAAAGGGCUGGGGAAAGACGCGAGCCACUGUUUUUGAGGGGUUCUGGCGGUGCUCAGGGCAGACUGCAGGCUGAAAGCCGUCCAUCCAUCCAAUAUCGCGGCCGCCACCCGCUCGCUGCUGAUGGCUGCAGGCCCAACAGCAAAUGCGCCGACAAAAAGGAAUGCCGCGCCGACCUACAGCCUAUGCUAUGGCCUGGAACCUGCACGCACUCAGGCGGCGGCUCCCUACAGCAGCAGCUCCCUGGGAGCGCACAGCGGCUGGGACGCAAUGCUGCACGCUGCUAGCACAUGCAAUAGCCUACAGUAGUGCUGGGCCGGGCGCCAACAGAACGACAGAGAUGGAGCAGGGGACGGGCAACCCCUGGAGAACGGAGAGCUGGCCCCCUGUCAGUAACGGCCAGGCAUAGUCCCUUUAGCCCCAGCUGCUAAGAAAAACUAGAAAAAGAAAGGAACAUUUGAUC